AUGAAUACACAUAGCAAGUCAAUUACGGUGAAUCAGCCCAGAAAGGUGGUGGCAGGUCAACAGGGUUCAUCAAAACAGGAAUCUGGUACAAGGCCAAAUAAUGAGAGGCCUCAGUUUACACCCAUUCCUAUGUCGUACAAAGAGUUGUAUCAGAAUUUAUUUAACGCGCAUAUUGUUGCCCCAUUUUAUUUGACCCCCUUACAGCCUCCAUAUCCUAAAUGGUAUGACGUAAAUGCACAAUGCGAUUACCAUGUAGGAGUUACGGGGCACUCCAUAGAGCAUUGUACUGCCUUUAAAAAGCUUGUUGAGAAGUUGAUUCAGAUGGGGGUUGUCAAAAUAGAUAAUUCAUCAGGUACAGAGAAUCUAUUACCCAAACAUACUGAUGCAGGGGUAAACAUGGUAGGUGAAUGUAUAGGGAAGAAGGUCAAGGAGAAUAUUGCUGAGGGAUGUAAGAGGUUCAGAGCUCUGAUCCAGAGCAUGAUGGAUACUGGAGAAAUGGAGUUUUUUGAAGAGGAAGAAAGAAAGGAAAAUAUAUGUGCAUCAGAGUCAGAAACGAGGAUUCCGAAGAUAAUCAUCUCGCGCCCUAGGGUUACUAAAAUUGGGGCACAAAUGACACAGAAGGUUGUUAUUCAAAAGCCGGUAAAGUUUUUGUAUAAGGAUAACAGGAAGGUCCCUUGGAAUUAUGAAUGCGAGGUAACGAUUGCGGGGAAAGAAGCUUCAGUUAGUGUUGAGAGAGAAAACCAAAAGACCGAUUUUUAUACGAAUACCGAGGAGUAUUGUGGUCGGAUAAAUGCUGAAACAGAAUCAGUAGAAGGAAAAGUCUUUGCAGCAGAGCAAAAGGAAGAGAAGAAGGCUGAAUUAAGGCCAUUGAUUAAUGAGCCAAUAAAGGAAGAAGAAGCCACUGAAUUCUUGAAAAUUUUAAAACACAGUGAGUAUAGUGUUGUAGAGCAGCUACAUAAACAGCCAGCUCGUAUAUCUGUGUUGACUUUGCUCAAGAGUUCAGAGGUGCAUCGAAAUGCGCUAAUGAAGGCAUUAAAUGAAACUUACGUGGCAAGUGAUAUUUCUGUCAACCAAUUGGAUCGGUUGAUCAACAGUAUAAGCGCUGAUAAUUUUAUCUUCUUCAACGAUGACGAAAUACCAUCUAGAGGUAUGGGGUCUACUAAAGCUCUGCACAUUACUGCUCGGCACAUUACUGCUCGGUGUAAAGGAAGCUUGGUGUCGGGAGUUUUAAUUGAUAAUGUGUCUAUAUUAAAUGUACUGCCCUUACCUACUCUCAAUAGGCUACCUGUGGAUAGCUCACAUAUGAAAACAUGUCAAAACGUGGUAAGAGCAUUCGACGGGACGGAAAGGAAGGUUUUGGGGAGGAUUGAGAUACCGUUGCUGAUAGGCCCGAAUACUUAUGAAGUAGAUUUCAUUGUAAUGGAUAUCAGACCUUCAUAUAACUGUUUAUUAGGCAGACCUCGGAUACAUUCGGCGGGGGCCGUGCCUUCAACGCUGCAUCAGAAGUUAAAAUUGGUGACAGAAGGACGAUUAGUGACAAUAAAUACCGAGGAAAGUAUUAUUGCGUCAAUGACCAGCAAUGCACCAUAUGUGGAGACGGACGAAGAGGCGGUGGAAUGUUCUUUCCGGACUUUAGAGUUUAUUAAUACAAUAUUUAUUCUUGAGGGAAUAGAAUCGAUCAAGAUAUCCAAGACUACAAGAAUGGGCCUUCAAUUAAUGGUAGGAAGAGGAGCUGUACCCGGAAAAGGUUUGGGAAGAGAUUUGCAAGGAAGAGUUGAAGCACCAGUGAUGAAAGAAAAGUUUGAUCGCUUUGGUCUGGGUUAUAAACCAAAUGUAAAACAAAGAAGAAGGGAAAUAGAGAGAAGACAGGAGAGAAGAAAGGCACGCCUGAGUGGAAAUGAAGUUAGUUGGGAGCCUAUGGUUUUUCCGCAUAUAUCCAAGACCUUCGUGUCAGAAGGGUUUAUUCAUCCGGAACAAAGAGUGGUUGAGGUGGAAGGUGUUGAAGAAAUAUUGGGAGAUGUUCAUAUCAAUGCCCUAGACACAGCUGAAAGAGAGACUUGGCUAGAGAUUCGCCCUUACGAGCCUAGAAGUGAUCUAGACAAUUGGACUGCGGAAGAGAUUCCUGUAGUUUUUAGAGCUUGUUCAGAGUCCCCGGAUAUCAUUGAUAUGAGUGACGCUGCUUCAGACUCAGAAUCACCUUUUGAACGAGAUAGAUGUUUAGAAGGAUCACAAAAUUUUGAAGAUGACGUAGACUGUGAUGUAUCUCCGGACUUAUUGAGAAUGGUAGAAGAGGAGGAUAAGCAAAUCUCACCUCAUAGAGAAUCAUUGGAGAUUGUGAGUCUAGAGGAAGGAAAAGAAGUAAAGAUCGGAACUGACAUUUCUGCCAAGACAAGGCAAGACCUCAUUGAGUUACUCCGUGAAUUCAAAGAUGUCUUUGCAUGGUCAUAUCAAGAUAUGCCUGGGUUAAGCACUGAUAUUGUGGUGCACCGUCUUCCCAUAAAAGAGGAUUGCAAGCCAGUUCAGCAGAAGCUCAGAAGAAUGAGGCCUGACAUUGUGCUAAAAAUAAAAGAAGAAGUCAAGAAGCAGUUUGAUGCCGGGUUAUUGCAAGAGGUUAAGUAUUCAGAAUGGGUAGCUAAUGUUGUCCCUAUCCCUAAGAAAGACGGGAAUGUGCGAAUGUGUGUGGAUUACAGAGACUUAAACAAGGCUAGUCCAAAAGAUAAUUUUCCGUUGCCUCACAUUGAUACUUUGGUAGAUAAUACUACAGGCUAUUCAUUGUUUUCUUUCAUGGACGGUUUUUCUGGAUAUAAUCAAAUAAAGAUGUACCCAGAAGACAUGAGAAAGACCACAUUUAUCACUUUAUAGGGAACAUUCUGUUAUAAAGUGAUGCCCUUUGGAUUAAAGAAUGCGGGGGCAACUUAUCAAAGAGUUAUGGUAACUUUAUUUCAUGACAUGAUGCACAAGGAGAUUGAGGUUUAUGUUGACGAUAUGAUUGCGAAAUCCAGAACGGAAGAGGAGCAUGUUCAAGUUCUGCGAAAAUUAUUUUUGAGACUAAGAAAUUUCCAACUCAAGCUUAAUCCAACAAAAUGCACAUUUGGAGCUAGGUCGGGGAAGUUGUUAGGCUUCAUAGUCAGUGGGAAAGGAAUUGAAGUUGAUCCAGACAAAGUCAGGGCAAUACGAGAUUUGCCUCCACCACACACACAGAAGGAAGUACGGGGUUUUCUGGGAAGAUUGAACUACAUUUCUCGGUUUAUCUCACAACUGACUGAGAAAUGUGAUCCCCUAUUUCGUCUCCUAAAAAAACAUAAUCCGGGCGUUUGGGAUGAAGAAUGCCAGAAGGCUUUUGACAAAAUAAAACAAUAUUUGUCUAAUCCUCCAGUGCUAUCACCACCUAAUCCGGAUAGGCCAUUAAUACUGUAUCUAACAGUAUUUGACAAUUCCAUGGGGUGUGUGUUAGGCUAACAUGAUGAGACAGGGAGAAAAGAAAGGGCAAUAUACUAUCUCAGUAAGAAAUUCACUGAUUGUGAAGUGAGAUAUUCAGCUAUUGAGAAGUUGUGUUGUGCUUUGGUUUGGACAACUCGAAGAUUACGACAAUAUAUGUUGUAUCACACGACAUUGCUAAUUUCAAAGUUAGACCCCUUAAAGUAUAUGAUGGAGUCGACAGCUUUAAAUGGAAGGAUGGCCAGAUGGCAAAUCUUGCUUUCUGAAUUUGACAUAGUGUAUGUGAGUCAGAAGGCUGUGAAAGGGAGCGCAAUAACUGACUUCUUAGCUAGCAGAGCCUUGGUAGAUUAUGAGCCUUUGAACUUUGAUUUCCCAAAUGAGGAUUUGAUGUAUGCGACAACCGUUGAAGAAAAUCCCCAAAUGGAUUAGGUGUGGAAGUUAAAUUUUGAUGGAGCCUCAAAUGCUGUGGGUAAUGGAAAUGGGGCAGUCUUAAUAUCUCCAAGCGGAGAUCAUUAUCCUUUUGCUAGCAAGCUGGAUUUUGAUUGUACAAAUAAUAUGGCAGAGUAUGAAGCGUGCAUUAUGGGCAUUCGUGCAGCCAUCGAGCGAAAAAUCAAAGUGUUAGAAGUGUAUGGGGAUUCUGCACUAGUGAUAUAUCAACUCAAGAGAGAAUGGGAAACAAGGGACUCUAAACUGAUCAGUUAUCGAAAGAUGGUUCUCGAAUUGAUGGACGAGUUUGAUGACAUUACUUUUUGUUAUCUUCUACGAGAUGAGAAUCAGAUGGCUGAUGCGUUGGUUACCUUAGCCUCCAUGAUCCGAGUGAAUAGGUUAGAUGACAUAAAGCCUAUCCAAAUGAGUAUUUUUGAAACCCCGGCUCAUUGCUAUAAUAAUCGUGAGUAUCCAGAUCAGGCAACGGAGAAUGAUAAAAGAGCACUGGGAAGAUUGGCUAUUGACUAUGUUCUAGAUGGAGAAAUCCUGUAUAGAAAAUGGAAGGAUCAAGUAUUGUUAAGAUGUGUGGAUGCAGUAGAAGCUAGAAAAAUUCUAGAAGAAGUCCAUGAAGGUAUCUGUGGCACACAUGCGAAUGGUUUCACAAUGGCCAGGCAGAUCAUGAGGUUUGAGUAUUAUUGGUUUACUUUGAAAGGGGAUUGCAUCAGCUAUGCUAAGAAGUGCUAUAAAUGCCAAAUUUAUGGUGAUAAAAUGCACGCACCUCCUUCACCUCUUCAUGUUAUAACUUCUCCAUGGCCUUUCUCUAUGUGGGGUAUGGACGUCAUUGGGCCAAUAUCGCCCAAGGCUUCUAACGGGCAUCGCUUCAUCUUUGUGGUUAUUGACUACUUUACCAAAUGGGUGGAGGCUGCUUCAUAUGCAAACGUCACGAAGUCAACAGUUAGCAAAUUCUUGAAAAAGGAAAUCAUAUGUCGAUAUGGAAUGCCUGAGAGGAUCAUAUCUGAUAAUGCACUGAAUUUGAACAAUAGUGCAAUAGCGGAGGUCUGCAGUCAAUUCGGGAUCAGACAUCAUAACUCGUCGCCAUACCGCCCAAAGAUGAAUGGUGCAGUAGAAGCAGCUAAUAAGAAUAUCAAGAAAAUUGUGGGAAAGAUGACCGAGACUUACAGGGAUUGGCAUGAGAAACUACCAUUUGCUCUCUUUGCUUAUAGAACGUCUGUUAGGACGUCGACUGGGGCAACACCUUUCUCUUUGGUUUAUGGCAUGGAAGCAGUUUUACCUAUUGAGAUAGAAAUUCCUUCUCUCCGAGUAUUAUCUGAGUUGAAAUUGGAUGAGGCAGAAUGGGUUCAAUCUCGUUAUGAUCAAUACUUAAUUAAAGGGAAAAGGAUAAAAGCUAUCCGGCAUGGUCAAAUGUAUAAAAAACGGAUGAUGCGGGCCUACAACAAAAAAGUUCGUCCUAGAGAAUUUAAUGAGGGCGAGCUGGUGUUGAAAAGAGUCCUUCCUAUACAAAAAGAUUUCAGAGGGAAAUGGAUGCCAAAUUGGGAAGGCCCAUAUGUUGUAAAGAAAGCUUUUUCAGGGGGAGCUUUGAUUUUGAGUGAGAUGGAUGGCAAAGACUUGCCAAACCCUGUAAACUCGGAUUUAGUUAAGAAAUACUUUUCUUAA